AUGGAUGUUAUUUUAAUCCUUGCUAUUACACUUCUUUUUAUCUUUCUUGGAGCUUUAUUUUGGGCUAAAAAACGUCAAUCAGGACAAAAUGAAGAGCGUGAACCUGCUCCUGUUCAACGACGAUUAGGUCCUGUUGAUGAUGCUCGACCAAGAGCUGCACAAAUUCGUCGCCGUAGAUUCGAUCCAGCACAUAGAUAUGAUGCUGGUGCACAAAAUGAUAAUAAUGACGAUCCAGAGGAAUUUGAUCCAACAACAAUGGAUGAUACAGUAGAAAUCGAUUCUAAGAUGGGCACAAAAAAACGAUUAAAAUUAGAAGCAAAAGCUGAAAAAAGACAACAACGUGAACAAGAAUUAGUUGAACGUAAAGAAAGAAAAGAACGAGAUGAUAAAUUUGCUGAAGAACGACGAAAUAAAGAAUUAGAAGAAGAACAACGUGAAAAAGAACAAGAAGAAGAAGAACGACGAAAAAAAGAAGAACGUGAACGAAAAGAAUAUGAAGAAUAUCUUGAAUUAAAAAAAGCAUUCACUAUUGAAGAAGAAGGUCAUGAUCAAAAUCCAGAUGAUGCUGAUAAUGAAUCAGUAUUGAAUCAAUUCGUUGAAUAUAUUAAAACGGCUAAAUUUAUGUAUCUUGAUGAAUUAGCUGCACAAUUUAAACUACGAACUCAGGAUGUUAUUGAUCGAUUAAAAUAUCUUGAAGAAUCAGGCGUUAUAACUGGUUUAUUUGACGAUCGUGGUAAAUAUAUAUAUUUAACACGUGAUGAAAUGGAUCGUGUAACAAAAGCAAUUCGUCAACGUGGUCGAAUAUCAUUUAGUGACUUAUCAAAAAUAAGUAAUGAACUUAUUGAUUUUAGUGGAACACGAACUGUCAAUGAUAAAUUAUUAGAAACUGAUGAUACAGCAAGUUAA